ACUUUUCAUCAUAAAGAGUGGAUUUGUUUUGAAAGCGAAAAGAAAAGAAAUUUGCCAUGUGGUAAUCCUCUCUGGGUUGACAGCGUAUCAGAAGUAAGUAACUUGUUAGAUAUCUAUUUCGUUUUAUAACAUGAUAGUUCGGAUCUUUUGAAAACAAUAAGAUUUCUCAGCAUGAAAAUAAAGAAAAAACAGCAACCUCAUAAUUUAAAGCGUUAUAAAAAGUCUGUCAUCAAGUUGCUAGAAAAGAAUGACAAGGACGACCAAACAGAGUCAAACCUACGUGACCCUAGGCUCAGGAAAAAGGUUGGCAAGUCUCGGAAAGACAAGAGAAGAGAGGCAAAGAAAUUGAAGAAGGCUAAAAUCCAUGCAUUCCACUCAAAACACAAGAUACAAUCAACUGAGAAUAAGUCUGAAGAAUUGCAAAGUAUAAAGAAGAAGGGGAAGAAAAAAAAGGAAUCAGGCUCAAAAGAUUUAAACAUUAAAAAGAAGGAAAAAGCAGAACUCUUGAAGAGAACACAUCUGCUUGAGCAAAAUAAAAAAGAAGAAAUGUUAAUUAAAAAGCUUGAAAAAUCUUUGAAGUUCAGAAAGAAAAAGAAAACAAAAGAAAAGCUGUUACCAAUGGUCUUCAAGCAAGAUGGCUUAGAUUAUCUUCUUGAUGUGUGUGAUUCAGAAAAAAUGAAAUCAUUUGAAGAAAGUGAUUUAGAAUCUGAUGAUGAAAUGGAUGAUGAAUGUGUUCUCCAGUCAUUGGAUCAAUCAGAUGAUGACUCGAAUGAUGAACAUAAUUUUCUAGAUGAGUCCCUUGAAAAAGACUCAAAAAGAAUAAAGAAAAACAAGCAACUUGUAAAAAAUUUAGAAUAUAAAGAAUCGGAAAAAACUGAUAAAACAUCAUCUGAUGAGAUCACAGAUGAUGAAUUUGAUUUCAGUGACAAUGAUGACACAGAACAUGUUAAUGAUUGUGCUGAUGAGGAUGUAGAGCAUCUGAAAUCCUUACCGAAAAUGGAUCCAUACGGAAAUGUAAUUGGGGAAACAAAAAGUACUAAGGUGGCUAGUGGAACAUACAUCCCUCCACAAAAACGGGCCCAACUGAUGGGAGAGAGUAGUCAGAAAAAACUUGAGCUUGAAAAGUUACGGAAGCAGGUGAAAGGGUUGAUUAACAGGUUAAGUGAAGCAAAUUUGCAGUGGAUCUGCUCCCAAGUUGAAGACUUGUACCUAAAAAAUAGUCGUAAUGAUAUGAAUGAGACAUUAACCGGCAUAAUUCUAGAGGCUUGUGUAACGCCCUCUCUCACUCCGGAACGCCUUGUGUUAGAGCAUGUUUUAUUAGUGGCCAUAUUACACUCCAGUGUUGGCAGUGAAGUUGGUGCUCAUUUUAUUACCAGUGUUGCCAGACAGUUUUCAACUUUAUAUAGUAGUGGUGGUAACUAUGGAAUUGGGAAGCAAUGUGACAAUGUACUUUUGGUUGUAAGUCACCUGUGUAAUUUCAAGGUUGUUCACUGCACAUUCAUGUAUGACAUCAUUAAGAAACUUGUGAAGUCAUUUACAGAGAGAGAUAUUGAAAUGCUGCUCCUCGUCAUCAGAAGUUGUGGGAUGAGUUUACGUAAAGAUGAUCCAACUGCUCUCAAAGAUAUAAUCUUAGAGAUAACGACUCAAGCCAACUCCUGUUCACAAGAAUUCAAAGAACAAUCCAGAGUAAAGUUCAUGUUGGAGAUCCUGACUGCUGUACGUAACAACAAUCUUCGUAAGAUACCAGGCUACGAUGCAGAGCAUCUAGAGCACCUUAAGAAGCUCUUAAAAGGCAUUGGAAAAGGAUCGUCUGCAGAGAAUAUGUUGACUAUAUCAUUAGAAGACUUGUUAUCAGCUGAUGUGAAUGGUCGCUGGUGGGUGGUCGGUUCCGCUUGGACGGGUCGCCAGUCGUCACAUGACCAAAACUCUAGCACAGAUGUCAUUAACAAGGAAGUCAACCAGAUGAGCUCAAAGAUUAUGGAGUUGUCUAGACAACAGAGAAUGAACACCGACGUCAGAAAGACGAUCUUUGCUGUAAUAAUGACUGCGGAGGACUAUGUUGAUUCUUUUGAGAAGCUGCUUAGACUUGGAUUGAAAUCUGGACAAGAGCGGGAAAUUGUGCAUGUUAUAGUUGACUGUUGUCUCCAGGAACGAGUCUUCAACCCUUAUUAUGCGCACCUGGCUGCCAAGUUCUCUCUUUACGACAGGAAAUAUAGAAUGGGACUUCAGUUUGCAUUUUGGGACAAAUUUAAAAUGUUGGAACAACAGUCAACACAUGCUACCAACAACUUGGCCUUACUCAUUGUCCACCUGCUUGUUGCCAAGGCAAUGUCCAUUUCAGUUUUGAAGGUGGUUGAAUUCAGUGAGAUGGAUAAACCAAUGGUCAGAUUCCUCCGUAAAAUAUUGACGUCUCUCUUAAUGGAAAACUCGGACGAAACCAUCACAACUGUACUUGGCAGUCUCACAGCCUUUCCCAAAUUUAACUUGUUACGGGAAGGCCUCCGGAUAUUUCUCUUCCAUUUCUUAAGAAAAGGAAGAGAGAAGAAUAUCCAAGAUGAUGUCAUGUGGCAAAAAAUGAAAAUUGCAGAACAAGCCUUAUUAGGAAAUGCUAUGAAUAUCCAACUUUAAUAAUAAAACAAAAUCUCUCAAAACAUAUUUGUCUCAUGUCAUAUUAUUUAUUUUACUGUCAUGUUAAAUAAUAAAGAAUAAUAAUGAUAUACGUAUUUUCAUAU